AAAAAAAAAGAUAAGCAAUUGCCUGCUAGUUCCUAAUGACAAGUAGAGUGCUGUUGCAUUUCAAAAUACCAGGAGCAGUCACUUCACAUAUAUAUUUUUUUUUCUCUGACUCUUUUUUCGCUUCACAGUGUUUAUUAUGUCAACCAUACAGAAAAUAGCAACAGUUGUUGGUAGUUCUGGGAUCGGCAAGUCCAAGCUUGCAGUUGAAUUAUGUAAAGCGUUAAAAGGACAAGUCAUUAACGCUGACGCUUUACAGGUCUAUAAAGGACUCGAUAUUAUCACUAAUAAAAUGCCUAUUCAAGAGAGAGAAGGCAUAAAGCAUCAUUUAAUGGACUUUUUGGAGCCUGAAGAGGAAUACCGCGUCACAAGCUUUUUAAAAGACGCUUCACAAACAAUUGAAAGCAUUUCAAAUGAAAAACAAUUGCCUGUUGUUGUGGGUGGUACGAAUUAUUAUAUACAAGCAUUACUAUGGAACAAUACUACCAUCAGCAAGGAUCAACAAAAACGUAGCCCAUCACCUGAAUUGACAGUAGAAGAAGACGAGAAUCAGUUUCCCGAGUUUGAUGCACUAGAGACACAAGAGUUGUAUGAGCGACUCAAAAAAGUAGACCCGAUUAUGGCUAAUAAAUGGCAUCCUUCAGAUAGACGCAAAAUCUUAAGAAGUCUAAGGAUAUUUCAUCAAACGGGUAAACCACAAAGUGAGAUUAUAAAAUCACAAAAAGAGCAUUUUGAGACACAUGGCUUGGUGCCGAGAUACAAGACGCUAGUGUUCUGGAUCUAUUCAGACCCCAAGCAACUGAACCCACGUCUCGAUGCGCGAGUGGAUCAAAUGAUUGAAACUGGAUUAUUCGAAGAGAUUAAAGAUUUGAGAAAUCGCGUAGUACAAGGAAGUGUCAAGAUGCCUGGUGCAGAAUUAGAGAAAUACCAAAGAGGACUAUGGCAGGCAAUUGGCUACAAAGAGUUUGAACCUUACUUUGAAGCAUUAGAACAAGGAAAAGAUGAAUCUGAACUAUAUACUAUCAAGCAUGAAUGUACAGAGCGUGUGAAAUCAGCAACUCGAAAAUAUGCCAAAUCGCAAAUCAAAUGGAUCCGCAACAAGUUAGUACCGACUGCCUUGAAUGCCAAAAACAAUAACGUUAUUAUUUAUUGUUUGGAUGCAGGAGAUCUAGAGCACUGGGAUCAAAACGUAAGAGAUAAAGCGAUACAAGUAGCCAAAGCAUUUCAACAAGACGAGCCUUUGCCAGAUCCCAAAAGCCUGAGUGAAACUGCAUCUGUCAUGUUGGAACAAGCAUGUUUGCGAAACAUGUAGGGACAAUAAAGGCGAACCUUUAGUUUUGAAUGGCGAUAAAGAAUGGGAGCAACAUAAAAAAAGCAGAUUUCACCGUAAAUAUCUAAAGCAUUUGAAAAUGGAGGCCUUACGAAAAGCCCACUUUGAAUCUCAACAAGAUCGAAUUUAAAUGUCGUAAUUGUUGAUUUAAAAAAAAAGGUAAAUUAAAACAAAAUGUUUCCGGCUAUUCAAUUUGUCGAAUUGGCUUACCUAAAAUAAUAAAAUCCAGAAAAAAACAAUGACGUAACAAAAAAAAGAGAUAUAUAACGAAUAAACCUUUGGUUUUACAGUUAAAUCAAAGAGAAUUAGUCCAUGUUUGUUUAAUUAAAGAUGUAAGAAGAAAU